UUGGAUAAACAAAAUCAAAAUCACCAAAGGAUCAAGAUUCUUUAAUUCCCUCAAGAUUUUCAUAUAAUUGUAUGUAAUUUGAGCAAUAGUAAUAAUGCACAGAAGCAUACAAUUUGUGGGUUCCUAUUCUGGGUUCUUUUUCAACAGAUUAAAGCUUCAUUCUUUUAUUUCCAUUUCUGCACUUUCAAGAAUGCCUCAUUCUUACCAACAAUUUCGAGCUUCUUCAAUUCGUUCUGAGUCAAACCCAGAUGUAACAUCACCUUCUUCUUCUUCUUCAUCUGCAUCUAAAUCUCCCAAUUUUAAAUCAACUGAGAGGGGUCGUAAAAUUAAUUUCUGUCAGUUAUGUGGGGGGCCCACAAAGCAUGAGAUUCCAGAUGAUGAAGGGAAAGAAAGAGCUAUUUGCACCCUUUGUGGAAAAAUUUCAUAUGAAAAUCCAAAAAUGGUGGUGGGUUGUUUAAUUGAGCAUGAUAACAAAAUCUUACUAUGCAAGCGGAAAAUCCAACCUUCUUAUGGUCUUUGGACACUUCCGGCUGGUUACAUGGAGCUGGGUGAGUCAGCUAGCGAAGGGGCUAUUAGGGAAACAUGGGAAGAAGCAAGGGCUAAAGUGAAAGUUAUUUCCCCUUUUGCUCAAUUAGACAUCCCUCUCAUAGGGCACACUUAUUUAAUAUUCUUAGCAAAGCUGAUGAACCCACACUUUUCACCGGGCCCUGAAUCAUUAGAAUGCCGGCUUUUUGCACUUGAUGACAUCCCUUAUGAAUCUCUUUCAUUCUCAUCCAUGCUGAUUACCUUAAAGUUGUAUAUAGAGGACAUUAAGGUCGGGAAACCGAAAUUUCACUACGGGCUAAUCAACAAGAGGCCUGGAACGGGUCCUUCAGAAAUACAUGCAUACACUUUCGACUAUCAUCUGCGGACUUGAGAAAGGGCAAAUGACAGUUGAGACCGUUAACAUUUUUUGUUUGUUUUUCAAAAUUCCCAAAGGUGUAAAGUUGUGUUUUAGAACUGUAAAGUCUUUUGAGCUUACUUUGUUUUAACUUCAAAGUAUGUGUAAAACUUACAUUAGAUUAUUUGGAAUUUUAUACCAACGCUACAAUUACAUCA